AUGGCCAAAGACAAGUCGGAGAAGAAGAGGAAAGAAGCUCCUGCGUCGGAUAAUGAAGAUGUCGAUAUGGGAGACGCGACUAUUGAAAAGUCGCCAAAAAAGGCCAAGAAGGACAAGGAAGAGGUCUCAAUUGCCGUGGAAGAUCUCUCUCCUAUUGCACACCCCCUCGCACAGAAAAAACUCGUAAAAAAGUUACACAAAACAAUUAAAAAAGCCUCUAAAGCCCGCCAGGUCAAGCGUGGAGUUAAGGAGGUCGUGAAGGGGAUCCGAAAAGGAGAGAAAGGUCUCCUUGUUCUUGCCGCCGAUAUUAAUCCCAUCGACAUCAUUUCGCAUUUACCCGUAUUGAGCGAAGAAGCUCAAAUACCCUAUAUCUUUGUCGCCUCCAAGGAGGAACUGGGACAUGCUAGCUCAACCAAGCGACCAACAAGCUGUGUGAUGAUCUGCCCCAACCAAAAACGCAAAACCAAGCGGAAAGAGGGCGAGGGGGAAGACAAGGAAGACGAAUACCGGGAGUUGUACGACGAGGUUUAUCAGGAGGUGGAAAAACUGGACAACAAGGUUGUUUUCUAG